UGUCCUUUGGUUGAACUUGAGAUGUUCCCGGAAGUUGUUCCGAAAAUUCGUCCCUAUGUGAUAGAGAUCCGAUGUCCUCUAUUUGCUACCAUGGCCACAGCCUCAAGGAAGUCUAUUUUGCAUUUGGCAACUUUCAUCAGGAAGCCUUUGCUAACUGAUGCAGCCGUAUUUCGUGCCUGUCCCAAAUCUACCUAUUCACCACUUCCUGAUGACUAUAACUGCAAAGUUGAACUUGCUAUGACAUCAGAUGGAAAGACAAUUGUUUGCUAUCACCCUUCAGUGGACAUCCCAUAUGAGCACACCAAACCCAUUCCACAACUAGACCCAGUGACCUAUAAAGAAGAAACACACGAUCAAGUCCUGAAAUCUAAAUUAGAUGAAAAGGAAGUCUACGAGAAUGAGCCUACAUUUGAGACACUUAGUAAAAUGUUUUACACAACCAAACAUCGCUGGUAUCCUGUAGGACAGUAUCACACUAGACGCAAGAAAACCAAUACUCCCAAAGACCGAUGAAAUUACAUUUUGUCUUUAUCAUCAUGGAAAACAACUUUCUGUAGAUGGAGUAUUCAUUUCUAACUAAAUCCUUAUCAAUUUCUCCAGAUAAUUUGUAAAAUCUAAGGAUAUGCAAAAUAGAAGUUUCAUUCCCAAAUAUUGCUAACUAAGUUGAACUGGUAUAUGUGAACCACCAGAGGGCACUACUAUACAAGAAUUCAGUUUUACUAUACUUUUUUGGGAAGGGGGAGAUCUGUGGAAAUAAAAACCAAAUAAUAAACUUUAUAAAAA